UCCAUAUUUUCUCUCUCUCUCUCUUGGUCUCUUGUAUUCCGAGCAGCUGUAGAAACUAACAUAAAAAAGUCCUUAUUCGAUCUUCAACUGUUGACUUGAGAUGCAAACACAACAACAAGAAAACACAAUGUUACAUAUAACCAUGAGAUGGGAAGCCUCGGAAAAGAGCAAUCGAUUUGGCCGUAAGGUUCGUGAAAUUUUCCUGUGUGAGUCUUAAGCCAAGAAAUCAACAAGGGGAUCGAGGUGAACACUUACUUGUAAUUGAUAUCUGAAUAUAUAAAUAAAUAUAUUGUACAGGAGAAGUGGGGGGUGAUUUUUAGGCAGAAUAGGGCAGUGUGUGUAGGUUUAGGUAUGAAGAUGUAGAGAAAGUUUGCCGUUCAAGGCCAAAUCAAACCCUACCUCUUUUAACUUUUGCUGGUCAGAUACUCAAAAACUGGCUUCUGGUUAUGGCUUCUCCUUCGCAUUCUAAGAAAACUUGUAAGGAUAAUUACAAACGCUCAACGUCAGAAGAUCAGCCAGCUAAAGAUAAAGACUGGCUUGAGUUAGGGUUAGGGUUUAGAAUUGCAUGCAGGAAACAAGAAGAAGAUCAGGAACAUCAACCCAACCCUACCAUUUCAGUUCCAGUUGCAGCCUCUGCGUCUUCACUGCUCCAAGCUAAGCAGAAGCCACCUGGUUGUAGUAGUGCAGGGUUGCAGCUAGGGCUAAGUCUAGGAAUAGAAUUAGAGUCUAGGGUGCCAGGCUUGGAGUUGGAUCGUGAUAAAAGUGAAGAUCACGAGCCUGGCGCGAUGAGGGUGAUAGACAUGGUGCCGCCUGGUAAUCAUGAUCAGAGCUUGUGGCAAAAUCAAGAUGAAGAUCAUUAUGACGAUGAUGAUGAUGAUUAUGGUGAUAUGGCGUGGUGGCCGUGCGACAUGAAAUCUGGUAGCUUUCUUGGCUUGGAUGACUGGCAAAUGCCGGUUCCCAAUAAUUCCCAUGAUUGCUUCACAAGAACCAGGCCCCAUUCUGGCUUGUGGUUUACCCUUCAGGCUUAUACCAACCGCAGGGACGGAGAAGCGCUGCCUCAAAUACCAAAGGCGUACAUUAGAGUGAAGGACGAGAACGUGACUAUUUUCAUGGUUAAAAAGUACCUGGUUGCAAAGCUUGGUCUCUCCAACGAAGCUGAGGUUGAAAUAUCAUGCAUGGGACAAAAGUUGUUGCACACACAGACAUUGAAACAAGUAAGAGAUUGUGUGUGGUUGCCUAGAUUUGAGGAAUCUGUAUCAUUCCAGAAUUACUCACAUCAAAGUAAUUGUGUAAAUAAUCAUUUGAUGUCUUUACACUAUGGAAGGCGAUGUGCUUCCAACUAAUGUACACGUACACAUAUUUAUGACAACCUUCAAAUGCAUAUAAAUUGCUUUAGUUAAAAAUCCGCAUUUUUAAUUAGUUUUCUGUUGUGCAAUGAUCAUAUAUAUGUAUAUAUUGGUCAUAAUUAUCCU